CGAAACAGUUUCGAUAAUAUGAAUUAUUGAUAAUUAAUUUUGAGUAGUCAUAUCGAAUGCAUGUAUUCACACAAUUCUCCCAAAAUCAGCUCAAUAGCACCGUUAAAUAACAAUUAUCUAUUAAAAUUGAAAAUGGAUGCCAGUGGUGCAUACGAAGAUUUAUUAUCCGAUUACAAACGAACAGAACAACAAGAAAUGAUGAUAGCUGCUCCAUUAGACUUAUCGUUUAAAAAGGCAGCUACUAUGGAUGAAUUGGCAGAUAAACGUCCGCAAUCGGUACGAACAGGUAAAAUUCCGUUGCGAACCCCUACAGACCGUUUCGUAACAUGUUCGUUUUGGUUAAGCAAUAAUGUAUUAACCUCGAUGGAUGGAUUCAAAAAUCUUGUUUACAAACUUCUCGACGACCCUGCGUACCUUACCUGGAUUGAUCUUUCCUUUAACGAGAUAGAAAGCAUUGGAGAUGAUAUUACGAAUUUUCCGAACUUAAAAAUUAUUUAUUUACACGGCAAUAACAUAUCGAACAUCAACGACGUAAUCAAAUUAAAAAAGUUGCAAAAUCUGAAAUCCUUAACGCUGCAUGGGAAUCCUAUUGAAAACCUUCAAUAUUAUAGAGGAUAUAUCGUUCAUAUUCUCCCCCAAUUGACGACGUUAGAUUUUUCAGCAAUCAUCUCUGCUGAUAAGAAAAAAGCACCACCCGCUGGAUUUUAUAAAAUAAUAAACACCAAUACAUGA